GCAUUGCAAUCAAAGUCAUUUGGCAGUCAUUUAUAUUUUAUGAUAUAAUAUCUAGUAGUACUUUUACUUAUCCAGCAGGAACAAAUUAAACAAAGCUUUCAAGUCCGAGCUAAGUCGUCUACAACGUGGAUUGAGCUUGUUUUUUCUGGGCAUACGUGGAUUUAGUUCAAUGCUCCAGAUGUUUUUGGAAAUCAAAUACAUAUACGAACGGAAGUUGAUCCAUACAUGUGCCCUUGAUAUUCUGCAUUUAACAGCUGUGGAAUUAUCUAGAUUGAAUGCGGAAGAAGUGAUUGAGAGUAAAAUCGUCCCAGCUUUGUUCCAAUCCAUCGAGCAUGGCAUAAUAGAAUUUUUGAAAAUUGGAAAAACUAAUCCAGAUAUUAUGUUAUGCCCCAUUGAUGAAAAGACAUUGUUCUUUUUCAAUUACGCAAUCGAAUGUCGUCUGGAGAAGUAUUUUCAUGAGUUUGUCGCUGGAGAGGGGCAUGUUUUGGCUACAUUGACAGAUGACGAUGGUAACAAUGCACUUCACAUGGCAGCAAAGUUAGGUCCUGAGUCUUAUCUUCGUAAUUUCUCAGGUGCAGCCCUUCAAAUGCAAAAGGAAUUACAAUGGUUCAAGGAAUUUGAGUCUGUUAUUCCAGAGUGUAAAGCCUGGGUAAAUCGCAAUGGAGAAACUCCUCGGCAAGUGUUUAGCAGGGAUCACAUGAACUUGUUAAAAGAAGCUGAAGCAUGGACCAAGCAAACAGCAACAUCUUACAUUAUAGUUGGGGCCCUCAUCCUUACUAUUAUGUUUGGGUCUGCUUUUACUAUUCCUGGCGGCUUCAGAGAUGGUGGCUCUCCCAGAUUAUUAGGUAAAAGAAUAUUUGUGACAUUUGCAAUGUUCGAUGCAAUUUCUCUCUUCGCUGCAUCUACUUCCGUGCUGACGUUUUUAGGAAUCCUCACAUUUCGCUACACUGAAGAAGUUUUUCUGAAGUCAUUGCCCACCAUGUUGAUGGUCGGCAUUCUCACUCUCCUCAUUUCUAUUGCAACAAUGAUGGUAGCUUUUUGUGCUGCUAUUUCAGUUUUGUUACAGGAACAGUGGUGGGUAGCCUUCUGGCUAGUUUUGCUUGCCAAAGCUAAGAUGGUACACACACGAGCAACCCAACGUGAGAGCCCUCCCCGAGGCCAAGGAAGAGGCCAGCCCCCAAGUGUCAACCCCGUGUCACAUAAUGCACCGGUUGUAGCCCCCCAACAUCAGCAGACGGAGGGAGUUGGGGAACAUAAUCCACAAUAUCCCAACACUGUACCAAGCGACCUUGUGACCGCUCAACUCAAUGCCAUGCAACAACAAUUCGGGGUCUUCCAGCUAGUACUUGCCCAGCUGUUAGCCAGAGAUAACCCCACUGACCCACUCAUUCACUUAUUGAACCCAGCUCCCCCUGUGCCCCCCCAACCAGCUCAACAGCCUGCCAACUCCCCGGUCCGCAGUGCUGCCCCGACCGCUUCCCAAGCACAGUCUCACAUACCACCCCAGCCACAAAACCCACCUCAACCAGCCGCCUCAGAUGUCUCAAGGAGGCUAGAUAACCUAGAAAAACUGUUAGCCGAGAACAAAAAUCCACAACCACAAGUCCCACCUAUAUCAACCUCCAUCCCCGCUCCCCUCAAUACCAAAAUCACCCAAGAGCCAUAUCCACCCGGCUUCAGGAUGCCGCUGUUUGAAACGUAUGACGGCACUAAAGACCCUGAUGACCAUUUACAUGCAUUCUUCUCCAUCAUGCAGGCUCAAAACGCCUCAGACGCACUCAUGUGCAAGAUGUUUCCCUCCACAUUACGCGGCAAUGCCCGGACCUGGUAUCACACCCUACGUCCAAACUCGAUUAACGCGUAUGCCGAGCUAGCCACCUCCUUUGCCACCAAAUUCUCAAGCAGAAGGUUGAUCAAAAAGACGACACCCGAACUCAUGCGCAUAACACAAAGAGAAGGCGAAUCUUUGAAGAACUACAUGAACAGGUUCAAUGACGCCAUGCUGGAAGUCAAUGCCUUCGAUGAAGCAGUGGGAGUAACUGUUGUGAUGCAAGGCCUCAACCAUGAUCGGUUUCGAGACAACUUGGUCAAGAACACCCCAACUACUUUUGACGAAGUCAACCAGAGAUCCCUCAAAUUCAUUAAGGCUGAGGAGUACGUCCUCUCCAAACCCCAGCCCCCCAAAGAAGCUAGAACCCCCAUUUGGAGAGACGAAAGCCAGAGCAGGAAAAAGUUCAAACCCACACAGAACCGAGGCCCAAUUCCGGUUCCUAAGCUAGACAGGCCCAGCUCCAGCACCCUGCAAACGCGGCCUACGCCGCCCUCAUGGACCUCCUUCACAAUUCCGAGGUCGCAAAUUCUCAUGCAAAUUAAGAAUAAGAUGGAGAUGAGGAGACCACACCCCAUACAAAGCCCAGCGGCAAGCAGAGACCACACCAGAUACUGUGACUUUCAUCAAGACCACGGACAUACCACGGAAGAGUGCAAAAGUUUGAAGUCCGAGCUGGAAAGUUUGGCCCGGAAAGGGAUGUUGAAUGAGUACAUCCAGAACAGAAAUUUGCCAAAGUUUGUCAAAGAACAGGGACAAGCCCAGGGACAAGCCCAGGGGUCCCGAGCACCAAACAACAGAGAUGGGGUAGGGUACCAACAGGCAUCGCCACCUCUGCCACCCCCAUCUAGAGUCAUUCACAUGAUAACUGCUCAGAAAAGAAAAAUCGACGAGGAGGAUUGGAAAAAUCAAUCUGUAACAUUCACUUCGGCUGACUUCGAGGGGGUUGUCACGCCCCAUAACGACCCAUUAGUCACCUCGGUCAUCAUCAACAACUGCGAGUACGACGGGCCCAUUUACGAGUUCAACAAUCAGCCGGUACCUGUGGAAGGAGUGCUGCGGCUCAAUGUGGCGUUUGGCUCUGGACGGACGUACGUAACACCCACAGUCAGAUUUCUAGUAAUGAAGAUGCCUUCAUCUUUCAAUCUCGUCAUCGGGAGGCCGACUUUGACCGAGAUUCGGGCUAUAGUGUCCCCGCCCCACCUCUGCAUGAAAUUCCCUACCCCAAUGGGGAUAGCAACCCUAAGAGGCAACCAAGAGGCGGCCAGGCACUGCUACAUGACCUCUGUCGCGAGACCAAAGGAUGACCCAAGAGCCACCCCGGUCGAAGAGGUCGAAAAGGUCGAAGAGGUGCAACUUGAUGAUAAUGACCCAUCCAAGAAGACUCAGAUAGGCACGAAGCUGACUCCUAUAGAAAAAGAAGCACUUGUGGGCUUCCUAAAAGUAAAUAAGGAUGUGUUUGCAUGGACUUCGGCUGAUAUGCUUGGAAUCCCAACUUCGGUGGCAGUGCACAAACUCAGCACUAAUCCUUUGAGGAAGCCAGUAGCACAGAAGAGACGGCUUUUCUGGGGGGAAAGACUCACGGCCAUUAAGGAAGAAGUGAAGAACCUCUUGCAAGUAGGGUUUAUCAGGAGAGUAGAUUACUGCGAAUGGAUUGCCAACCCUGUCAUGGCCGCCUCAGGGAAUGAGAGGUUAAGCCUCCUGGAUGCUUACUCGGGGUAUCAUCAAGUACGCAUGGCACCCGAGGACGAGAAAAUGGUCACAAUUGUAUUUCGGGCUCAAAUUGGUAGAAACCUGGAGGUCUACGUAGAUGACAUUGUUGUCAAAAGUUCUCAAGCAGAAAACCACUUGACCGACCUGGCCGAGACGUUCAACAACCUUAGAAGGUACGGUAUGAAGUUGAAUCCAGCAAAGUGCACUUUCGGCGUUGAAUCAGGCAAGUUUCUAGGUUUCAUGGUUUCCAGAAGGGGAAUAGAGGUCAACCCUGAGAAGAUAAAGGCAAUAGAAGAAAUGAAACCGCCGAGGUCAACCAAGGACGUGCAACGCCUGGCAGGGAGAGUAGCAGCACUGCACAGAUUUAUCUCCAAAUCAGCAGAUAAGUGUUUGCCUUUCUUUAAGGUCUUGAGAACUGCAGCUCAGAAGGACGAAGCGAGAAAACCCCAGAAGUUCAACUGGACGACGGAGUGCCAAGUGGCUUUUGACGAGCUCAAAGCCUACCUCGGCUCGUCGCCUUUGCUGACUAAGGCUCAGGAAGGUGAAAUCCUUUAUCUCUACCUCGGAAUAUCUUAUACUGCUGUCAGUUCUGUCUUGGUCAAGGAAAUGGGGAAGCAACAGCAACCAGUGUACUAUGCCAGUAAGGUGCUGCAGGGGGCCGAGCAGAGAUACUCAAUAGCAGAGAAGGCAGCCCUAGCAGUUGUUGUUACUGCAAGGAAAUUGAGGCCAUAUUUCCAAUCCCAUCCUAUUAUUGUGAUGACUGAUCAGCCUUUAAGACAAAUUUUACAGAAACCAAAAUGCUCCAGGAGGCUCAUCAAAUGGGCAGUAGAGCUGGGAGAGUUUCAGAUAGCAUUCCAGCAGAGGUCGACAAUCCGAGCUCAAGCUUUGGCAGAUUUCGUGGUCGAAUGCACUUCUAAUCAGGUGGAGCCAAAUUCUGAGGCAGAAACAUGGACCCUGUAUGUCGAUGGAUCAUCUAAUAACAAGGGUUCAGGAGUUGGAGCGGUGUUAACUGGACCUGACGGCUUCCGGAGUGAACACGCUUUGAAGUUCAACUUCCAGGCCACAAACAACGUGGCCGAAUACGAAGCCCUCCUCCUGGGAUUACGUCUGGCGGCCGAGCUCAAAGUCAAACGCCUGCAGAUUAACAGUGACUCGCAACUGGUAGUUAACCAAAUCAAUUCUAUGUGCGAAGUCAUUGAUCCCGUCCUGGCAAGAUAUGUGGCCGCAGUCUCCAAGCUGAAAAACCGUUUCGAGAAAUUCCAGCUCACCCAAAUCCCGAGAGCGGAAAAUGAGCAUGCAGACUCCUUGUCGAAAUUGGCAUCUAAAAACUCAGGGGAAGCAAAAUCUGUGUAUAUCGAGAUACUGAAUGAACCAAGCUUUCAGACGUCGAGGGUAAUGGAGAUUAGUACUGACCUAGAUGCUCCGAGUUGGACAAACCCCAUCCGGGAAUACCUCCUCAAUGGUACCGUCCCGAGGGACAAACAGGAAGAGAUGAAGUUACGAAGAAAAGCCUCUCGGUACACCCUGGUUGGCGACAUUUUGUACAAAAGGUCCUACUCGUUACCACUCCUCAGAUGCCUGACACCAUAUGAAGCAGAGUAUGCACUAAGAGAAGUACACGAGGGGGUAUGCGGUAAUCACGUGGGAGCCCGGACUCUGGCACACAAGGUACUUCGGCAAGGGUACUAUUGGCUUAACAUGCAAGAAGACGCAAAGAAGUUCGUACAGAGGUGCCAGAAAUGCCAGUUCUUCGCCCAUCUCACCCAUCAGGCAGCCGAAGAACUCACUAGCUUGACUGCGCCAUGGCCCUUUGCUCAAUGGGGAAUAGACCUUCUGGGCCCCUUCGUCAAAGCAGUAGGGGGAGCAACACAUUUGGUGGUCGCUGUUGAUUACUUUACCAAAUGGGUAGAAGCCAGACCUCUCUCUUGUCUAACUUUGAGAAGAAUUGAGGAUUUCCUCUUCAGCUCGGUCAUCUGUAAAUAUGGGAUACCAAACCAGAUCAUCGCCGAUAACGGCCCCCAGUUCAAUUGUAACUCCUUCAGGGACUUUUGCUCCAGCUACGGGAUUAAGUUGGUGUUCACCUCCGUCUAUCAUCCCGAGGCCAAUGGAAUAGUUGAAUCAGUCAACAAAGCUAUCUUGGAAGGAAUCAAGCCGAGGUUAGAUCAGCUGAAAACAAAGUGGGUAGAUGAACUCAACAACGUCCUGUGGGCUUACCAGACAACAAGCCGAACUGCCACAGGCGAAACGCCCUACCACUUAGCCUUCGGCACUGAGGCAGUCAUUCAUGUCGAAAUUGGUGUCCCAAGCCUAACAUACAAACAAAGAAUAGCCAACCUUUACAAUAAGCGAGUCCGACCUCGAAACUUCAUAGUCGGUGACCUCGUCCUCAGAAAAGCUGGGCUCAUAGGGUUCGAAACCCGAUAUGGCAAGCUAGCACCAAACUGGGAAGGCCCUUACAUUGUAACCAAGGUCCCGCACCUCGGGGCGUACAUUCUCCAAGACGCCGAGGGCAAAAGGGUGCCUAGAGUUUGGAACGUCAACAACCUUAAAAAAUUCCAUCCUUGAAAGUCCCCUUCUUCAUUUUGAGUUAGGAGUCUUUGUAAAUAACAUUCCAAUACAAUU